AUGGCUUCAAUUACUCUCUCACCAAAUGCUGCCCCUGUUGCUUUGUCUCCAUCAUCUAGUGUUGUUGUUUUGUCACCACCUCCGUCACCUUUACCUGGUUCUUCUCAGUUGAAUCAAACAUCGAAUUCUCCUCCUCCUUCAUCUCCUUCUGACCCUUCGGCUCUUCCUCCUUCUGACCCUUCAGCUCCUCCUCCUUCUCCUCCACAGACUGUGCCGGUCACUCCUCCUCCUUCGCCACCUGUUUCUCCUCCUCCUUCUCCACCCGUUUCUCCUCCACCAUCAACUACACCGCCGCCAAGCUCUCCACCACCAUCGCCACGUUCAUCACCACCUCCACCAGUUGUAACAUCACCACCUCCUGCACCGGUUGUAACAUCACCACCUCCUGCACCAGCUACCACCUCCCCUCCUCCACCAGUUAACACUGCCCCUCCUCCAGAUGAAACUUCACCUUCGCCUCCGAGUUUGUCUCCACCGCCCCCAGCAACUAAUUCCCCUCCUCCUAAAUCAUCAAAGCCACCGCCUUCUCAAACAAUUUCGCCGUCUCAACCUCCACCUCCUCCUCCGGAUAAAGUAUCAAAGCCACCAUCUGCCAAUCCUCCUCCGGCACCACACGCAAAGCCACCAAAACGUACUCCUUCACCUCCUUCACCUGAUGCGUCCCCUCCAUCAGUUUCUCAACCACCUCCUUCACAUGAUGCAUCCCCUCCAUCUGUUUCUCAAUCACCUCCUUCCCCUUCAACUGUCCCACCUCCAUCCCCAUUGCCAUCGACUCUCACUUCAGGACCUGCAGCACCUCCAGCCCCUUUGCCUCGUCUUCCUACUAACGAAACAGUACCUGGUGGCAGUCCAAUUGUGCCAUUGCCAUUGAGACCAAGUGUUGAUGGUUCUAAUAAUAUAGCCACAAACAACAGACCUUCACAUUCAGGAGGGUUAAAUACCGGAGCAGCUGUUACUAUUGGUGUUGUAGUUAGUUUAAUUGUCCUCGGCCUUCUUGGUUUGGCUGUGUGCUUUGUACAGAAAAAGAAGAAGGGAAAAGCAUCCAGAUCUGAUUAUGCUGCGCCUUCUCCAUUUACCUCAUCUCACAAUUCAGGUACCUUGUUCUUGAAGCCAUACCCUCCAGCCAAUCUGAAUGGGAGUGGCAAUGGUAGUGAAUUUGUGUAUUCACCACCGGAGCCAAGUGGAGUAAAUAAUUCAAGAUCAUGGUUAACAUAUGAAGAACUAAUCCAAGCUACAAAUGGGUUUUCAGAGCAGAAUUUGUUGGGAGAAGGUGGAUUUGGUUGUGUCUACAAAGGUUUGCUAGAUGGAAGAGAAGUAGCCGUAAAACAGCUUAAAAUUGGCGGUGGACAAGGGGAACGUGAGUUCAGAGCAGAAGUUGAGACUAUUAGUCGAGUACAUCAUCGUCAUCUGGUUUCUUUGGUUGGUUACUGUAUAUCUGAGCAUCAAAGAUUGCUCGUCUACGACUUUGUUCCCAACGAUACUCUUCAUUAUCAUCUACAUGAUGAAAAAGCACCCAUUUUGAAUUGGCCUAUCAGAGUUAAGGUUGCUGCUGGUGCAGCUCGUGGAAUAGCUUACUUACAUGAAGACUGUCAUCCACGCAUUAUUCAUCGAGAUAUUAAGUCAUCAAACAUCCUUCUCGAUCACAACUUUGAAGCUCUAGUUUCAGAUUUUGGGCUUGCGAAAUUAGCGUUGGAUUCAAACACACAUGUAACUACACGUGUAAUGGGAACAUUUGGGUAUAUGGCACCAGAAUAUGCAACGAGUGGAAAAUUGACAGAUAAGUCUGAUGUAUAUUCCUUCGGUGUUGUGCUUUUGGAGCUAAUUACAGGUCGGAAGCCUGUAGAUGCCUCUCAGCCAAUCGGUGAUGAGAGCCUGGUUGAAUGGGCUCGGCCUCUGUUGAUUGAAGCACUCGACACCGAGGACUUUGAAACUUUGGUGGAUCCAAGACUGGAAAAGAACUACAACAGAAACGAAAUGUUUAGAAUGAUCGAGGCUGCUGCAGCCUGCGUGCGUCACUCCUCAGUUAAGAGGCCACGGAUGAGUCAGGUUAUGAGAGCUUUUGAUUCCAUGGCCGAGUUUUCGGAUCUGAAUAACGGAAUGAAACCGGGGCAGAGUUCAGUGUUUGAUUCUGCACAACAAUCUGCACAGAUCAAAAUGUUUAGGAGGAUGGCUUUCGGAAGCCAAGACAGUUCCAGUUUCUUUAAUGAUUCUCAAAGUAGCUAUGGAAGUAGGAAUCAAGACUCUACAACUACGCUCUCCCAAAAUAAAUCUCGGCCUUGGAACGUUCGAGACGACCCUUUAUAG